UUUAAAAUCCACACGUUUCACUCAGUGUUGUUUACAAAACAUAUGCAUAUUCGUACGUAGGGGGACUCAAGUCAGCGCUAUAUUGACUUCGGCUUAGACUAUAGCAUCGUGUGUUUAUAUAAAUCAUAUUCUAGAGGUAUCUCAUACAGAAGGGUGGUGGAGGUAAUAAAAGGUCGUACUUAUGAAUAUCUAAACGAUUCCAUUGUCGCUGUAUAGCCAUGUGCAUUCUUGUGUCAAUAAUAAUUUGCUCUUUGUAAGUUUUACCGACAGAAACGCCUUACACAAGGGAGUAUGGGCCAGUUCAGUAACAGCCAAAAGCCUGUGUAUCCGCUCGGGUGUAUCCGUCAUAAAAGAGGGCGUGUGUAAAGUGUUGAGAACGGCAACUAUUUGACAGCAUGGGAAGACUGACAUACACCCGGAUAGCAGACGAGAGUGACUGGAGUUCCAAUGGGAACGUUGACGGAUCAACAGUGGUCAUGAAUGCACGUGUUUCACCCGCGGUCACAGACAUGAACACUGUAGUGAUGUACUUAGCAAGGAUAUGGAACACAGUGUAGCUGUGUUAACACUACAGACAUACACUAUGGACUAUAGCUAACUAUUGAUGUACUUUAAAGAACAAUUAGUUAAUAUAAUACAAAAUCACCUGUUAUUAAUUCCGGAGCUACGACAUCAGUACUAUUUGUAUUGGAAUGAAGCAAAAAUAGUACCUUGAUGCAUGAAUUAUAUUUUGAAAUUCAGAUAAUUGAUUUAUUUGAAAAUCACAUCAAACCAUCACUGCCAUUUUCAACAUGAUUUUAAGAAAGGAAUAUAACAAUAUUACUCUUUGAUGAUGUUCACUCUCGACUCUCAUGUGUAUCUGCAAGACCAAAUAAACACCUGCAUAUGGAACGAAACAAGUGUCAAUCGCGAGAAAAAGCCCCCUGGGAGGAAAACGAAUUACACUCUUUGAGGAUUCAUGUUUUAAGUACGUUUGAUGUUUUGUUGGCUUAAACUCUAUCUGGAUGUCAGGGAAUGUACUCAUACAUCAUAAUACACCAAAAUCAAUAACACUAUUGUAUGGUCAUUACAACAGAUCCGCUGAUACAGUGCUGUAGGUUAUAUAGUGUUGUGAAGUUUUCGUGCGUGGUAUCCUUCUAAACGUCCUAUCAACAUUGUUUUCUCGGAAGAAUUUAUCUCAUUUCCAAAGGAUGUUAUAUGUCAUAGAAGAACCUAUACGUGACGGGAAUUGGACUCGAAGCAACACUUUAGAUGCAAUCGUAAUGGACUGAAUUCUUACAAAACGUUGCCAUCUGCAUCCUCCUGCACUACAACGUUUUCUUGAUUUUCUACCUCAUUUUCAACUGUAUACGGUGAUAAAUAUGUAUUGGAUAUUUUUUAUGAUGUAAAGAUGUGACUUUUAGUAUGCGUCUAGUAUUAAGACUUUAACCUCAACCGCUCACAGUGUUUGUUUUGUUCGAUGUUCAUGGAGUUGGAAAACAAAAUGUGUAUAUAUUUAUUUAUUUUAUUAUCUCACAGCAUUCCUAUGGAAGAGAACACAAUUUUAAAUGACGUUGUACGAGAAGAAUUGGAACAUUUCCUCAUACGAAAAGAGAAUAAAAGAACAAUUCUUUGACGAUUUUCUCACUGGACAAUACAGGUACAUAACUCACUGAAUGUUGUGCACAAUUCCCAUAAUAAAGGCAACGGAAGGAUAACACCUCGCUUGCAGACAACAAUCUUAGUGUCACGAUCUUAUCGGAGGAAGGUGAUAUAAGAAUUAAGACUCUGGAAUUACAGACCAAUAAAGAAUGCUAGGACAGCGAAUCCCUCUUUUCAAACGAUCUGAGAAAAACAGAUGACAAAAGCGGUCAUUCUGGAAGACUACAAACAAAAUUUUCUCAUUUUUAUUUGAGAAAAAAAUAUGACAUUAAAGUUAAGAUAGAAUUAAUUUUGUUAAUAAAGAACCCGAGGGGACUGAAAAGUCCGUGGAUUCGUCCCAGAUCUGAUAUGAAGUUUGUAACACAAUAUAGGGUGUUUUCUUACGUUGUAAACUACCUGAUCUGGUCUAUGAUAGUUCUACCGUGUGCAGACUCGUGUAUACUUUUACUAAAUGGAUGGACUCCUUUAUCUGUGUAUGAGAGGACAGGACUGGCCGAUGCUGUUGCGUCCGGAUUUGUAAUGAGAACAUUCAAAGACGUCAGGACAGACGCACAUACGUACAGUGCUGAAGUGAAAAUAUUACAGAUUUAUAAAGGUGUUGAAAAGAUACGAGAAGUGGCUGCGAACGGAAGCUUGGGGAAUAUAUAUAAUAUCAGUAAUUUUGGUGAUAAGAAAAUGUGUUAUGCUGAUAUAGAUGAAAACGAAAGUUAUAUCUUCUUUUUAACUGUAUAUAGAGGGCGUCUGUCUGCCCAGUAUGAUGACAUUUUCGGUGCUGCUGUGGAUUUCACGGAGGAAAACGAGGAUGAAGUAAUACAACAGUUAGGUUGGGACUUUUGGUCAUCCUGGAGCUCGUGCACUGCUUCCUGUGACGUAGGUGUGCAGGUGCGACGCCGCGCGUGCCAGAAAAAGGAGGGAACGUGUGAUGGGAACGAGGUUGAUCAGCGACAGUGCAAUACAUUCUCAUGUAAAGGUACAAGAAACGUCAUGGAAAUAUUCAACAUUCAGUCACUUCCGGUUGGCAUAACUCGUGACGUCAUUCGACCUUCAUCAUUUAACAUCACACAAAGAGCCAACUUAUACUCACCUUUAUCAUCGUUAUUCCGAACAGGAUUUCCUAUCGAUUUUUCUAUUAUAGUCACUGCUAGACUUCCUGUAGAUAGUGAAGGAUAUUUAUUCACACUUAGUGAUAUAAUGGGAAAACAAAGACUAUCAAUUAAAUAUGGAGACGUUACGAAACUUGAAUACUAUGAUCAAAAUGACUUACCAGGAUUUAAAUCACCUUCGUUCGAUGUAAGUCUAACGAAUGGUGAGUGGCAUCAGUUCGCAUUUAGUGUCAAAGGUCAUUCCAUCAAAAUGUACAUCGAUUGCAUCCAUGUCCUCAGUAAAACCUUGAGCCGUUCGGAACACCCUUCCGUUGGCGUUAAUCUUAUGGCUUCCAUAGGUCCGUACUUUGCCAGAUAUGGACGACCAUUUGAGGGUCAACUGGAGCAGCUAACAAUAUCCUCAGACCCGACCGCCGCCGCUCACCAAUGCUUCCUGCAAACGGGGGAAGUGAUACAGGAACCGGCCAGUAAAGAUGACGGUGAUGUGAGACCCAAACCCACACCUCCUUCAGUACUGAAGACUACCACCACGGACAAGGACGAGCUUAAAGAACUCGCCACGGCACAAACCAUGCCGACGGAGUGGUCAUCUUGGUCGUCUUGCAGCACCACAUGUGGUUCUGGGAUGCAGACGCGGUCACUGUACUGCCUCAAUAACGAGAUCAGCGUGGUGGAAUGUGUGAGUGGACAGCCCGAGACAUCACAGUCACGUGUCUGCUAUAUCAGGGAGUGUCAAGAACUUUGCCAAGAGUCGUGUCUGAAUGGUGGCAGCUGUGGUCAGGACCGCCAAUGUCAUUGUCCAUCAGGCUACUACGGGCACCGGUGUCAAUCGGCUCGGUGUCCACGUCCCUGUCAAAAUGGAGGUAACUGUUCUACUUCCGGUCGGUGUUCAUGUCCACAGGGGUAUUUUGGUAGGACGUGUGAAAAAGCCGUGUGUUCUCCGAAGUGUAGGAAUGGUGGAAGCUGUGUUUCACCAGGCGUGUGCUCGUGUCCAUUCGGCUACGUCCAACCUGUAUGUAAACCAUUUUGUACCAAAGUGUGUCACAACGGCGGCCGUUGUGUACGUCACAACACGUGUAAAUGUCGGAAGGGGUACACGGGCAAAGAUUGUUCUAAACCAAUAUGUCGAAAAGGUUGCUACAACGGAGGGAAAUGCGUAGCACCAAAUAAGUGUUCAUGUCCACGAGGAUACAAGGGUAGAAGAUGUCAAAAGGCUGUGUGUACCCCGCCAUGCCAGAAUAGCGGUGUUUGUAUCUAUCCAUAUGUAUGUAGGUGUAGGCCAGGAUAUUACGGGUCAUAUUGUCAGGAAUUUACCUGCAGACGAUCGUGUAAAAAUGGCGGGAAAUGUAUUGGUCACAAUAAAUGUGAAUGCCUGCCAGGAUAUUCAGGGAAAUGGUGCCAACGGGGUAAAUGUGCCCAGCCCUGUCAAAAUGGCGGCAAGUGCAGACGUAACAAGUGUAGAUGUCCGAAAGGUUACGGAGGGCUGACGUGUGAGAGAAUAGGUUGUAAAUAUGAGAAAUACGUGGUUCCCUAUCAGAAGACAUAUCGGAGACUCCAGAGGGAGGAAUACGCCACACAGUGCGGUCCCUGGCGCUGGAAGACCUGUGUUCAAACUCGGCUGAGAUACGUGACACAGUCCAAAACAUUAUACAGAACGUCAUACCGUUGUAUAUGAUGGCUGAGUAUGAUAUAAACUGUCAACCUAUCGCCAUAUCUGAUUGGCCGAGUUAACAAAACAACAACCUGCCAUCAUAUCUGAUUGGCUGAUCACACCAAACGAUGUACCACUGUACUGGGUUGGACGAUAAUACCAAAGGUGGACCGAAGUUUUGUCGUAUCUGAUUGGGAAAUGAUGAUAUCAAACGUCGUUCCUCAACAUCUUAUUGGUCUACUACGCCGAUCUUCGCAUGCCACUGUAUAAGAUUAGCCAAUCAUGUUAAACUUUGUAAAAAAAAGUGCAUGGGAUUGGCUGAAUACGCCUUGCGUCCUGACCAUUGUAUCUUAUUGGUCUUUUUGUACUUAAACGCAGACCGCUGUACUUGUUUUGAUGACUUACCAACACCGCUGUAUCUGAUUGGAUGACUAGCGGAGACCGCUGUAUCUAAUUGGAUGACUAGCGGAGACCGCUGUAUCUGAUUGGAUGAUCAGCCAACUAACAUAAUACAUCAUGUCUUUCAUCUAUCGAUCCACAUAUCAUGUUGGAACUAAUAAUUAAAUUACAUGUUUAUUUA